AUGAAAUCAAAUUCUCAGGUCGAUCGAAGUAAACACUUUUUCGAUGCAGCUGAAGAAACACUGGCACCAAUUAUUCCUAUAAGUGGCUACAUGAAUGGACCACUUCUUCCAUUACAAGAAGCUGUACGAAAAUGCUUUCGUGGUUCUGGUCGUUACGAUCAAGCUGUUCAAGAAGUAUUAAAACUACCAGAAAACUUAAUCGGGAAUCUCACAAGAAACGAAGCAGCCGCCAUUCGUCUGUAUACACUGGAGACCGAUCCCCGCUUUUAUACAAAGCUAAACACAAUGCUUCGCCUUGAAGAUAGGAAUCAAAUUAAACCUUAUUUUUCAUAUUUAAAACUGAUGAUGAAGGGUCUAUCUAAAUUACCACCAAUUCGUAGUACGAUUUGGAGAGUCGUUUCAGAAGAUCUGCAUGAAAAAUACACAAUAGGUAAAAAGAUUACUUGGUGGGCAUUUAGUUCAUGUACGUCUUCAGUUGAUAUUUUCAACAUUCCUAAGAAUGCCAGCUGGGCACCAAAACCUAUUAUCGUAGCUGGAGGUGAAGAAGAAGGUAACUCAGAAAAACAUCUCCAUGGUCCUGCCGGCUUAUGCAUCGACUGCGAUGGAAACAUUUUAGUCGCUGACUUUUAUAACCAUCGUAUUGUAGAAUGGAAACCUCAUAGUACAAGUGGCACAGUUGUAGCUGGAGGUAAUGGCCAAGGAAAUGGCCCGAAGCAGCUGCGGAACACUUCAGAUGUCAUUUUCGACGCAGAAACAGAUAGUCUGAUAAUUUGUGACUUGGGCAACAGACGAGUCGUUCAAUGGCGUCGUCAGAAUAAUAGUGAUGAAAAAACAUUAAUUGAAAAUAUCAGUAGUUCUGGAUUGGUCAUGGACUAUCAGCGAUGUCUCUAUGUCACUGAUCUCGACAAACACGCCGUGAGACGUUUUGAAUUGAAAAACAAAGAUAACCAGCUAGUAGUAGCAAAUAAUGAGGGCACAAUAGUGGCAGGUGGUAAUGGAAUGGGAAAUCAACUAAAUCAAUUCAACAAGCCGACAUGCGUAUGGGUCGAUCGAGAUCUGAAUGUUUAUAUAUCUGAUAGAAAUAAUCAUCGUGUGAUGAAAUGGAAGAAGCAUGCAGAAGUAGGCGAAGUCGUGGCAGGAGACCAAACAUGUGGAACACAUCUUUCACAAUUAAAUGGUCCUAGAGGAGUAUUAGUCGAUUCUUUUGGUACAUUGUAUGUAGCAGAUUAUAACAAUAAUAGAGUAAUGCGUUGGUGUAAUGAAAAUUCAUCUGUAUCAGUGAUUGCGGGCGGCUGUGACUCCAGUACACGAAUCAAUCAUGUGAAUGUGCCAUUGGCUUUAUCAUUCGAUAAACAUGGAAAUUUCUACGUAUCGGAUUCAAAGAAGUAUCAAAUACUACGAUUCUCAAUCAAAGGUACUGUCUGGUCUCUCAUUGAUUAA